CAGCCUGUACAGGAAAUUACGUCAUCAUCAAAAGUGUCCGGAAGGGGCUGAUUGUAGAGCAGAUGGAUUCGUAGACCAGAGUAAUCAAUAAGAUAAUAUUUUGAACGGCUGACAUGAAGGUCCAUGUUAAGUCCUGGAACGGAGUGGCCUCCUGGCUGUGGGUGGCUAAUGAUGAGAACUGUGGGAUCUGCAGAAUGGCUUUCAAUGGCUGCUGUCCAGACUGUAAAGUCCCCGGGGACGACUGCCCCUUGGUGUGGGGUCACUGCUCGCACUGCUUCCACAUGCACUGCAUCCUGAAAUGGCUCAACUCCCAGCAGGUCCAGCAGCACUGCCCCAUGUGCCGGCAGGAGUGGAAAUUCAAGGAGUGAUGGCCGCGCACCGCUCAUACGUCUCCCUAUCGUCCCCGAUCUGUAAAUAUUCAUCGACACUCAGACACCCCGAAUCUUCGCGAUAAAGACAAGGAACGUUCCGGCAGCUCUCAUUCCCGUGGUUUUCUAAUAAAUAUUUCUGUCUGGCGUCUA